GCCAACCACCCCCUCUCUCACUCUCUACGCUCCUCUCGCGACGCUGAUCCACAAAGCAGACUGUCGGCUGACGGCAGUGGCACCUCGCCGCUUCAGGGUGAAGAUGUUCGGCAAUCUGUGCGCUCGUAAGUUGGCUCGCCGAUCGCGGUCCGCGUUAAUAGCCGCGCUGACAGUGCUGCUGGUCCAAACGCUCAUCGUCUGGAACUUCAGCAGUCUGGACAUGGGGGAAGAGCGCAAAGACAACGGCAGAGAGAAGAGGGACCGAAUCGGCAUCAACAAAGAAUACAGCGAGAACCCGAAGAGUGGCUUCCAGAGGAGACAUCACCAGCCGCCGCUGGGCAAAGCAUCUAUUCGACACAAUCAACAACCGGAUGGCUACUACUCGCACCGGCCCAAGGAGAAAGUCCGCGUGGACAGCAACAAUGAGAAUUCCGUUCCUAAAGACUUUGAGAAUAUAGACAACAGUAAUUUUGGGGCGCGAUCCCAGAUGCAAAGACACGUGCCCAGCAAGCACAAACAAGGCCUGCUUGAGAAGGCCCACGCGCAGCCAAGCCUGAGCAAGAACUCAAAUGAGGUUAUUCAGUAUGCUCAAAACGAAGGCGUCUACAAUCAGACACGGACAGAGCUUCACCGGAGGAUCAAUCCAACACUCCACCCACAGCAGUCCCAGCAGCACAGGCACCACCUCCAGCAGGCCAAGAGAAUGGCCAUGCCCACCGCAGACAUCAAGUAUGACCAGCCACCCAAAUGCGAGAUCAGCGGCAAAGAGGCCAUUUCCGCCCUUUCUCGUGCCAAGACCAAGGAGUGCCGGCAGCAGAUAGUUGAAGUUUAUUGCCGUCACAAAGAACGGCAGCUCAUGCCUGAGAAGGUCACUCGUUACUGUCCCUUAGAGGGCAAAGUGAAUAUGAAUGUACAAUGGGAGGAGGACUCAAUGGAGACCGUGCCUGCAGUACCCGUGCGAAUAGCCUUCAUGUUAGUGGUGCACGGACAGGCCUCUCGACAGGUGCAGCGACUCUUCAAGGCUAUAUACCACACCUCCCAUUUCUACUACAUCCAUGUGGACCAGCGGUCCAACUACCUGCACAGGCAGAUGGUGGCUUUGGCUAACCAAUACCCCAACGUCCAGGUCACACCGUGGCGUAUGUCUACGAUAUGGGGCGGGGCCAGCCUCCUCACCAUGUACCUGCAGAGCAUGAAGGACUUGUUGGCCAUGCGUGAUUGGCCCUGGGACUUUUUUAUCAACCUUAGUGCUGCUGAUUAUCCAAUCAGGACCAAUGAUCAGCUGGUGGCCUUCCUGUCCAAAUACAGAGACAUGAAUUUCAUCAAGUCCCAUGGGAGAGACAACGCUCGCUUCAUCAGAAAACAGGGCUUGGACCGGCUUUUCUUCGAGUGUGACACCCAUAUGUGGCGACUUGGAGACAGAAAAAUUCCAGAAGGCAUUUCCGUGGAUGGAGGCUCUGACUGGUUUCUGCUUAAUCGGAUGUUCGUGGAGUACGUCAUCAACUCUCAAGAUGACAUGGUGACCAGCAUGAAGCGUUUCUACAAGUACACGCUCUUACCUGCAGAGUCGUUCUUCCACACAGUGUUGGAGAACAGUCCUCACUGUGAGAGCAUGGUGGACAACAACCUCCGUAUCACUAACUGGAAUCGAAAACUGGGCUGCAAGUGUCAGUACAAGCACAUUGUGGAUUGGUGCGGCUGCUCGCCCAAUGACUUCAAGCCCUCCGACCUGCCUCGUUUCCAGCAAACCACCAGGCCCACAUUCUUUGCAAGGAAGUUUGAAGCCAGUGUAAAUCAAGAGAUAGUGAACCACCUGGAUGUCUUCCUAUUUGGGAGUAUGCCCCAGGGCACGCCGGGUCUCAAGGCCUACUGGGAGAAUGUUUUUGAUGAAGCCGAUGGGAUUCACAGCCUGUCCGAUACACAGCUAACCCAUUACCAUGCCUUCGCCCGAUUAGGCCUGGCACGAACGGCCAACUCGCUACAGGGAGACCCCAGUGACAAUAGAUGCAGGUAUUUUGCCAUGGGGCAUCCUGUGUCAGUCCACAUCUACUUCCUGUCUGAUGAGUUCCAGGGUUACCUGGUCAGGUAUCAUGCCACCAACCUGGCAACCAGCAAGCUGGAAACCCUGGAGACCUGGGUCAUGCCCAAGCAAUUCUUCAAGUUCACCAAUCCACCCAAUACCUUCAACCGACUACAGUUUGCAGAGAUUGGAACAGAUUGGGACGCCAAGGAAAGGAUAUUCCGAAACUUUGGGAAGCUAAUGGGGCCUAUGGAUGAACCUGUGGGAAUGCAGAAGUGGGGGAAAGGGUCAAAUGUCACUGUGACUGUGGUGUGGAUUGACCCCACCAACGUCAUAGCUGCCACCUACGACAUACUGAUCGAUGCAAGUGCUGAAUUCACACACUACAGGCCUCCCCUGAAUCUGCCGCUGCGACCAGGCAUGUGGACUGUACGUGUGCUGCACCACUGGAGUCCCGUGGCAGAGACGCGAUUUCUGAUCACUCCCCUGACCCACCACAAGCACCUGCCAAUUCACCAAGAGGAUGCUUUGAGAAUGCACAACGGUCCAGCCAAGAACAGCUACAUGGAGCAGAGUUUCCAUGGCCUAAACCCCAUUCUCAACAUCCCGGUCCAUCUGGGCCAGGUGGAGGCUGCAGCUCACAAUGCAGGGCUCACAGGGGCUGAACUGGAGCACUGGGUGGACAGUCUAGUGGGCGAGGUGUGGUCAGAUGUGGACGUGUGCUCCAAAGGCCCCAGUGGCUGUCCAGUUUUACAGACUUGCAGGGAAACUGCAUGGAGCUCUCUAAGCCCUGAUCCAAAGUCCCAACUGGGCCCACCUAGAGCUAACGGACGAAUCAGGUAGCAGCAUUUGCUGCCCUGAAGACUUGCCUUCUUUUACAAAAUUUUUUUAGGUAAUUUUUUAUUUAUUUUCCAGCAUCGCUCCUGCAAAUAUGAGCAAAACGCCCCCUUGUCCGCUUUCAAACACAAGACACACAGGGUCAAGUGUGUGCUGGGAAGUUGUUGCAGAUUAUAAAUGUGCACCUUCUGGCUAUUUUAAACUCUUGAGUGCUCUCGUGCUGUGAGUGAUGUCACGCUUCUUUCUGUUUUAUUUAUUUUGAUUACUGUGAUUGAAUCUUUGUUAACUGGAUGCAGCGGAUGAUGCUGCUGAAUGCUGGAAUUGGGAUAUUAAGCACAGAAUGGACCUAAACACUGGUUGUAAGACCAAAAGGGAUGUUUGUGUAGUAAAGCCUCUGUAUUUGACAGCACAAUCACUUACACUUUCUUUAAAUUAUUGAAUUAGUGUUUUUCAGCCUAUACCUUAUUACAGUGGUUCUCAACUGGUUUCGCUUCAAAUCUCAAACUUUACAUUGGAAAUCAAGUAGGGAUGUGUAUUUAAUGGAGCCUGGAUCAUAUUAUCUUUUACCUCAAAGUUUUGCUAAUGGUUUUUGAGAAUGUUGCACAACCUGUCCGUGUUGGCAGCUGCCAAUUUGGUUAGCUUUAACAAAGUGAAAGAUGUUUGAUUGGAAGCACAGCCCUAACAAAAGACAUGUAAAGAAUAUUCUCCUCCCUUUUUUAAAAGUUGAUAGGUUUAUUUAUUUUGGUAUGAUAAUUACGCACAACUGUUUGGUUUGUUACGUUUUAUUAUUUGCAUUAAGCACUGUUUAUAUAUAUAUAUAUAUAUAUAUAUAUAUAU